AUGGAGUCGGACGGGGAGCGUGACGCCGGAUACAACCAUUACAAUUCUCCUCAGCAUCAACCGCAACAGAGCUACCAUCGGAACUACGAAGAAUAUGUCCAUCCGAUGCAGCAACAGCAGCAGCAGCAGCAGCAGCAACACAAUCCGGCGGCCAGUUCGCCCCUAUCCACACUCUCCCAGCACGGCAGCAUGUUGGCACCGCAGAGCCCCAGCAUGCUCGGGGGCAGCAAUGGCAUGAUGCCUUCGCCGCUCAUGCAGUCCCACUCGCCGCUGCUCUCGUCCAACGCAUCCCUGCUCCAGUCACAGUCACCGCUGCUGUCCAGCUCGCCGCUAAUGAGCCAGUACAGCCCCUACCAUCAUCAGGAUGUGCCGAUGCCGACGAUUCUGCCCCAGGACGAACCGGGCGGUGGUGGGGGUGGUUGGGGCGGGUACGCCCUGACAGCGGCCGGUCCGUACCAGAGCGAGUUCUGUGCCUCGAACUAUGGGGUGCUGCAUCAGCGGCAGGCGUACGGUGGUCCCCACGGUCCGGGCAAGCUUGGACCGCACGGUGGACUCAAGAGCGCCAAGGAGGCGCGCAUCCGACGGCCCAUGAAUGCGUUCAUGGUGUGGGCCAAGGUCGAGCGGAAGAAGCUGGCGGACGAGAAUCCCGAUCUGCACAAUGCCGAUCUCAGCAAAAUGCUAGGUAAAAAGUGGCGCUCUCUAACGCCCCAGGAUCGACGUCCGUACGUGGAGGAAGCGGAACGGCUACGUGUGAUUCACAUGACCGAACAUCCCAACUACAAGUACCGUCCGCGGCGCCGGAAGCACGCCAAAGCAAGGGCAGGGCCCGGUUCCGGACCGGCCGGGACCGCCGGUUCUCUCGGCACGGGCCCGGCUGUCGGUGGAAACAGUCAGGGCGCUGCAGCUGGUGCCAACCUCACGGUUAACAAUUCGUCCCCGAGUGAGCUAAACUACGGCGAUGGUGACUCAUCGCAGCGUAUGAGUCCGUUCGCGUACAACCCGCACUACUACGCCGGCAGCAAUAACGCACUCAACACGCCCGACUCGAGCCCCACGCAGAGUCCGGAACCGAUCGCCGUCCCACCAACGGUCGGAAGUCGCAAGCUGGCCGCCGUAGCCGCUGCAGCUGCAAAUGGAGGUGUUGCCACCAAUGGAGACGCUGGCCAGAAGAUGGAGGACGUGUCGUCAGCUCUGCCAACACCGGAGAUGAGCCCGCUGGAGUUGGAGAAAGAGCCGGGCUUCGGUGGUGGACUGCAUUCGGCACAUGCCGGUAGUUACGAUGACCUGAAGAGCAAGCAAAAGCUCACAUACGACGGUGUGUAUGGAGUGAAGAGUGAGCAGAAGUUGCCCGCCACCUUCCCGUCGCAUGCGUACGACCAUGAGACGCAUCAUUCACAUCAACAGCAGCAGCAGCAGCAGCAGCAUCACCACCACCACCAGCAGGAUGGUCUAGUGAAGCGUGAAUAUGGAGGAUUCGGUCUCGGUGGCGAUAAGCGGUACUCGUACGAAGGCGUCGGUCAGCUGGUGAACGGGGGCGGUCUACACGAGAAGCGCAACUAUCUGUCGGCGAGUUCCGGGUCGACGACAACCACGGCCAUGGUGAACGGGAUGUACGUGAUGUGCACGAACCGCAGCAUUCUGGACCAGGGCCACAUUGUCACUGGAACCUACUUCCCGCCAUUGGCCACGUCCGAGGAUCAUCAGACACUUGGGACUACCACCAUGACGACGACCAGCCAUGGCCCGCAUCUCAGUACAAACAAUCACAGCAGUGGCAACGGCAGUAACAACUCGAGUACACCGGGAACUCCGAGCCAGCUGAAAAACUCCAACGGAUUGCUGGGCGCGGGAGUGUCCACCUCAAACACACAGAUGUCCCAGAUCAGUAACAGCAAUGCACAGCAUUUGCAGCAGCAGCAGCAGCAGCAGCAACAACAGCAGGCAGCAAACGAUCAACUCAAUAGCUACUACGGUACGGCGUCGCUCCCGAACGGAACACUGCCGACGUACUCGUACGCCUACAAAGACUAUGGCAUCAUGUACGAGACGCAUCCUCUCGCGGGCCAGGACGUAGAUGCGGUGGAUGCGCGCGAUCUCGACAAGUAUCUUAAAUAUCCGGACAGCAAUCACAACUUCAACGGGUACGACAGUGCGUCCUACCAUCAGCAGACAGCCUCCUCACCUGCGGGUGGCUCCAUCUAUGGGAUAUCCCAGGGCGAGUACUAUGCCUACGGCGGUACCGUACUUGCCCAUCAGUCUCCGCAACAUCAGCCACAAGGACAGCACCAACAGCAGCAGCAGCACCAACAGCAGCAGCAGCACCAACACCAACAGUCCCAUCAGCUAUCCUUGCCCACCAACGGAGGACAGACCAUUCCGAAGCUGUCGGACGUCAUGCUGCAGGGUGGUCCCGGUUCGCAUCAACUCCCAUCCACGCCCGUCGCUCUGUACGCGCUGCCCCAGCUACAACACGCGCAACAUCUUGCCGCAACUGCCGGUGGUGGUGGUGGUGGUGGACCCGGCACACAGGUCGUCUCCGUUCCGCACGGCGUACAUCCGCUAGGGCCGAACGGCACCAUGGCGGACAUCUACGUCGCGAACGAACAGCAGCUGAAGGACGACGAGUUUAGCAACAUUCUGGCCGGUGUGCGCAAAACCUGCUACAGCAACUAG